AUGGCCUCAUUACCAUUGGGGCCUCAGCCUCAUGUUCUUGCUCCUCCGCCGUCGCAGCCGCAACUGCAACUUCACGACGGCGACGCUUUGACACGCCGUCCUGAAAUGGAUUCCGAUAAGGAAAUGUCUGCUGCUGUUAUAGAGGGAAAUGAUGCUGUUAGUGGUCAUAUUAUUUCCACUACCAUUGGGGGCAAAAACGGUGAACCUAAGCAGACCAUUAGUUACAUGGCUGAGCGGGUUGUUGGAACAGGUUCAUUCGGAAUUGUUUUCCAGGCGAAAUGUUUGGAAACUGGAGAGUCAGUAGCCAUUAAAAAGGUCUUGCAAGAUCGACGCUACAAAAACCGUGAGUUGCAACUAAUGCGACUAAUGGAUCACCCAAAUGUCAUCUCCUUGAAGCACUGCUUCUUCUCUACAACGACUAGAGAUGAGCUCUUCCUUAACCUCGUCAUGGAGUUUGUACCUGAGACUUUGUACCGGGUUUUGAGGCACUAUACUAGUUCAAAUCAGAGGAUGCCAAUUUUCUAUGUCAAACUUUACACUUAUCAAAUCUUCAGAGGUUUGGCUUACAUCCAUACUGUUCCUGGUGUUUGCCACAGAGAUGUGAAACCACAAAACCUGUUGGUUGAUCCUUUAACCCAUCAGGUUAAGCUGUGUGAUUUUGGAAGUGCAAAAGUAUUGGUCCAAGGUGAAGCAAACAUAUCAUAUAUCUGCUCUCGUUAUUAUCGAGCUCCAGAACUCAUCUUUGGAGCCACAGAGUACACAGCAUCUAUAGAUAUAUGGUCUACUGGUUGUGUUCUGGCAGAGCUUCUUCUUGGCCAGCCGUUAUUUCCAGGAGAAAAUUCAGUUGAUCAGCUUGUUGAAAUCAUAAAGGUUCUUGGUACUCCAACUCGAGAAGAAAUCCGAUGUAUGAACCCAAACUACAGGGACUUUAGAUUCCCACAAAUCAAAGCUCAUCCCUGGCACAAGGUGUUUCAUAAGCGGAUGCCUCCAGAAGCCAUUGACCUCGCUUCUCGGCUUCUUCAGUAUUCACCAAGUCUACGCUGCACUGCGCUCGAAGCAUGUGCUCAUCCUUUUUUCAACGAACUCCGUGAGCCAAACGCCCGUCUUCCAAAUGGUCGUCCGUUACCGCCAUUGUUCAACUUCAAACAAGAGUUAAGUGGAGCUUCACUGGAGCUGAUCAGCAGGCUAGUACCAGAGCAUGUGAGACGACAGAUGAGCACAGGAUUACAACAAACUUGA